GCGGGGAGCAGGAACGCACUACGAGCUCGAGCGCCGUUGCACAGGAUAACAGAGAGUAGUAAGGAGGCUACGUUCUUUUCACAACACCAAGCCAUGAAUGAUCCCAUGACCGCGCCGGUGGGCCCCGCCCAGGAUACCUCCAAGGCUCCGGAAGCCGCAGGUUGGGAGCCUGUCAACGUGCGCGAGUUCGAGCGCCAUGCCCAGCUCAUGCUGUCCAAGAACGCCUUCGAUUACUACGCCAGCGGGGCCAACGACAUGGUCACCUUGAGGGAAAACAGGGCGGCGUUCAACCGGCUCCGGCUUCGCCCCCGCAUCCUCCGAGACGUCAGCAAGGUGGACACGUCUACCACGGUCCUGGGGCAGAAGAUCUCUUCGCCUAUCUGCAUCGCCCCCACCGCGAUGCAGCGCAUGGCCCACGACUCUGGCGAGUGCGCCACCGCCGGAGCCGCAGCCAAGGCGGGCGCCCUGAUGACCCUUAGCUCUUGGUCCACCACCGCUCUCGAGGACGUCGCCAAGGCCGGUGGGCCCGCGGGUGCUCGCUGGUUCCAGCUCUACGUUUACAAGGACCGUAAGAUCACGGAGCAGCUGGUCAAGCGCGCCCUCGCGGCCGGCUACACCGCCCUCGCCGUCACCGUCGACACACCCGUCCUCGGGAGGCGGGAGGCCGACAUGCGCAACCGCUUCAAACUGCCGGAGCACCUGACGAUGGGCAACUUCGUGUCUGCUGGCGGCGCCCACGCCUCGGGGACUAAGGACGGGGGGAACGACUCGGGCCUCGCAGCGUACGUGGCAAGCCUGAUCGACAGGACGUUGGACUGGAACGACAUCAAGUGGCUGCGCACGAUCUGCGGCAGCAUGAAGAUCGUGGUGAAGGGCGUUAUGACCGCGGAAGACGCUGCGGAAUCGGUUCGCCAGGGCGUGGACGGCAUCUGGGUCUCCAACCACGGUGCUCGGCAGCUGGACACCACCCCGGCUACCAUCGAGGUUCUCCCAGAGGUGGUUGCGGCUGUAAGCGGCCGUUGCGAGAUUUACCUGGACGGAGGUAUCUGCCGGGGCACGGACGUGUUCAAGGCUCUCGCUCUCGGCGCCAAGGCGGUCUUCAUCGGCCGACCGGUGCUCUGGGGUCUCGCACACAGCGGCGAGGAAGGCGUGUCGAAGGUCCUCAAGCUCUUGCACGACGAGCUUGUCAUGGCCCUUCAGCUCACGGGCUGCACACGGGUCAGCUCGGCCUCCCGCUCCAUGGUCACCCACCAGACGUCGUACUUCUCCAAGCUCUAACUUAGCAGCGACGACCCCAAGUAUUGUUGUAGGGGUAGGUCUAACAAGGGGUGGAAUUGAACCUUAAUCGUGUUCGGCAAGAUGAUACAAUACGGCAGUAUUGAUGCAGCAACGUUCGACGAGUAUCGUCGGCGUUGCCCGUCUGGAGCUUUCGCGUCUUGACCUUUCUCUGACUGUAGGCAGGCAGAGCGUUCGGCUGUCAGGGUAAGCUGCGUUUACGUGGGUCGUUUUUUUUUGCUUGGCUGGAUGGAUCCGUGGUUAUCUACCAUAUUUUUUAUGGAUUUCUCCCGCCGGCACGCGGUAUGUCCCAUUUUGACUUGCCAGUGCCCGAUCUCCUGUCUGAGGUGCAGGAACGGUGCAUGCCGAUUGUUUUCCUCAUCGCGCCGGCCGGUGAUAGUCGUCUAGUUUUGGAAGACGAAGGAUGGACGAUGAACGACCAUGUCAGUCGCUGUUCUCGCCCCUUCAUAAGGCAAAAUCGUUGCUCAUGCCAUAAAUUAAUGGCAACACCGGUAGAGGGCUGGGCUUAGGCACCAUAAGAGAAAAACGUGACUGCUGUUUGGCGGACAGCAGCAGCAGCAGUCUCAUGGUCUACAUAUCGUUUGGGUUUUGGUGUUAUGCAGCAUCAGUCUAAGAGAAAGGCGGUUAACAAGUGUAGGAACCACCGUGUUCUCGUUCAAAAUUAUUCGUCAUUUUGUGCAUGUGGAUAGAGGGGAGGGCGGGUGAUGCCGUCCGUGUAGUAGGGGAGGGAAGGAACCGAAUCAGGUCUUGUUGCGGGGUGUUCCGCCGGCUUUUUUUUUCAUCCGUUUUGUUUCUUCCGCCAAUGUUUGGUUUUCUAAACCCUUCUGUUCGGCUUUUUUUUUUUCUUCGCUGAGCUUCUUCCGCUUAACUUGUUGUUUUCGAAGCCCAUCUAUUCCGAUGUUUUUAUUUUUGGCCGCUCGGGCCUGUUUGCUGCACAGCCAUAGCGGCGGGGAGGCUUUUGGUUUUCGUGGCUAGAACACAUACACAACAAUUCCGUCGCUUUGGGUAGCGAUCCACAGCAAUUAGAACGGUUCCAUCAGUGUCCAGCAAAGGACGACUCAUUGAGGUGCAGCACCAAAAGGGAUUUUCUCAAGCUCGCCCGCCCGUGGUCACAAACGAUAAGGAAGGCCAAAAUAAAGCGAUGGAACCGCGAUGAUACAAUAAUGAAA